UUCAUUCGAUUCCGACUUCCGAGCUUCUAUUUCUGCUCAAUGUUUUUGUAUUUUGUUAGGGUUUCCAUUUUUUUUGUUGGAUUUCCAGAAAAUUCGUUUCUGUUGUUCCUUUUCUAUUUGAGCUAAUAAAAUCCAGAAUGGGAGGAAAGAAGAGUUCGUUGUCGUCCUCUUCUUCUUUUAUAAGAAACUGAACUUUGUUUUCCUUUUGCAGCGAGCUGAUUUCUCAUCAAAAUUUCCGGUGAAGUGGGGUUGUAAAAUUCGGCGUUGAAAGAUAUAAAAAAGGGUUCUCUGGCUACGCUUGAUUCAUUUUCUGGUGGAAAAGUUUCUGGAGUCGUUUCAAAAGUCUUAAGUUUCAAUUCAUGGAUGAUGGUACUCCUAAGAAGCUAAACAUAUUACCUGAUCACUUUAGUGCUCCUAGUUCCACAGCAGAAUCUUCUCAGGACGAUACUCCAUCAUUUUCGCAGACAAAGGACGAUAUUUCUCUGAGGUCUCGGAGCCAGUCACGGACUCGUAGAAACUUGAAAAGAGCAGCAACUAUGUUGAAUUUGUUCACUCUUCGCCGUCUUCCUUGGGUUUCAGAUGGUCAAGAGAAGGUAGAGCUAUCAGCAGCGGAGUUAGAAUCACUUAGAUCAGAACUUUCUGAUUUGGAAGAAAGAGAAGCUUACCUCAAAGCUCAGUUGGAACAUGUAGACGAAGUCUUGCGCUCUGCCCGUUUAUCUGGUUAUUUGUUUAUCCGAAGUCGUUGGGCAGCUCUUCCGGGGGAACCACCACCAAUAGAUGAUACAGAAGUAGACGACUGGCUUCCUCGGUUUGUCGUCCUUCAAGGCCCUUGUCUUUUCUUCUAUUUAUUGUCAACAGAUUUGAGCCCUCAAGAUUCGACAUUGCUGGCGGAUAUUGUAGAAGUUGGUUCGUUACCUAGCUACACAAGAGAAUUCGAUGAAACCCAUUAUUGCUUUUACAUCUUAACCCGUCAAGGUCUAAGAUUUGAGUGCUCAAGCACCUCUAAAACACAGGUUGAUUCUUGGUUGUCGGUAUUGCGCCUUGAUUGCAAGUCUGAACCAGAAGAAAGAUCUGCUUCCAGAGCAGCGCGGUCUCUUCUUUCUUCAGCCAAGAAUGCUCGUUUCUUCUCCGAAGGCCGAGCCAUGUGUGCAGCAACAGUGUACUUGCUGCUGAGGUAAUAGUCGCUAAACCAAACACAUAUCGAUAUAUCCUUCUCUUGAGGCUAUCCCUGCUUUCUCUUUCUCACUGGAUUUCUCUGUUUCAAUCAGAUGGAACGCACUUUCAUCGCUAUCAAACCCGAUGGGGUGCAGCGAGGACUGAUAUCAGAAAUCAUUUUACGGUUCGAACGCAAAGGAUACAAGCUUGUUGGUAUCAAAGUCAUGGUUCCUUCAAAGGGUUUCGCGCAGAAGCAUUACCAUGAUCUAAAGGAGAGACCUUUCUUCAACGGCUUCCUUAUUUCAGUCCCUGUUGUUGCCAUGGUAUGGGAAGGUGAAGGAGUGAUUAGAUACGGACGUAAACUGAUUGGAGCUACAGAUCCUCAGAAUCUCUCUGUUGUUGUUGGGAGGAACAUUAUACAUGGAAGCGAUGGACCAGAGACAGCUAAAGACGAGAUCAGCUUGUGGUUUAAGCCUGAAGAACUCGUUUCUUUCACUGGCAAUGCUGAGAAGUGGAUCUACGGCCAGAACUGAACUAAUCCAUCUUUCUCCCUUAUUUUCAGCCGUUAGAUCAGACAUAAAUAAUUACUGUUUUUUCUUACCGAAACAAUAAAAACGUGAUCACCGGGUAAAAAAGGCUCGCGGAAUCAAAUUAACUCACUAAUUUACCGGGAAAAGAAUUGUUUUUUUAAUAAAUUUA